UGCUUUCGUUUUCUUGUAAAGCACAAUUUGAACUGUGGACGUGGAACCUAUCAGGCAUUUAUUUUGCUUUCCCUAUUGUAAAAUAAAAACUUAAUCCAAUAUAAUUGGUGUCAUCUCGGCGGAUUUUAGAUUUAGUUUUAGACGAUGACAGUACUUUGCACGACCAUUACACACCAGCGAACUUUUAAGCUAUUUUAAUGUAAUCUUUAUUAAUCACUGAUAGUAGGGUAAGUACUGAUCGUCUGCCUCAGGCUAUGUGUACAAUAAUAUCGUUUCAUAUCACAAAAUCUUUCAAGCCAACCCUGCCUUUACAGGAAACCUAGUGAUAAACGUAGUGAUUAACAUUCAUUUGAGUCAUUCAGAGAGUUUGUUGACAUUCAGUACACCCAAAAUCCUACAUAAAAAUAAAAUAUAAAAAUUCAUCCAAUGUUCAGGCAUGAUUUUCAUUUUUAGGCCAAGGUUCAGAAAGUAAAAAAAAGUGUGUAAUAAUUAACAUUACUUGAACUACAAUCUGCAGUCAUGUGUUUAACGUGCAUUUUUAAGCUGCUUAAUUUUUGUAUUUUAAAAUGACUAGCUUACUAAAUAAUCAAGCAUGCAAACAUGCCACACAUCCUUGUUAUAAUCGUAGUCUUUGUUUAGCAUCUUGUUUAGAUCUGCAAUACAUGGUGAUGUGUAUGUUGCUAACCACUUACUUAUGCUAACUUUUUUUUUUUACGCCUAAAUCCAAAACCACUGUUCUAAAAAAAGACCUAGAAAAUGGCCCACAGCAGUUCUCAUAGCUUAAAAGACAUUCUAGUUUUAAAAAAGCAACUCAAAUUGAAGACUCGUAAGCAAGCUUAUGACCUGUGUUUGUUGCAUUUGCAGCUAGUUUUAAUUCAAUGAGCCUGUCUUGGCUGCUUAAGAGUGCAUGCACGGUAUCAUAGUGGUUGAAAGUUUAAAAAGUGCAAGUGCAAGGGACGGUCACUGCCUACCUAAUCAAACAAACAAAUAAUAAUAUCAAAAUAUCUAGUACAGAAAUCAAUUUCAAACGGUGUCGAUAGCCUUGAGGCAGUUCCCCUGUUUCCUGUUAUCAUGCUGUCUGUCAUAUGGCAUGUUUCUGCUCGCAUCGAGCCGGUUUUAGUGUAGGCCAGAUCCGACCCAUGUGGUACAAACCAGUUUUAGUGUGAGGUGUUUUCAUUACCAGUGAUGUGAAACGUUGAAUAACUGAACAACAGCCAAAAUAAAAAUAAAACUGACAGCAGCAAAGCAGCUGGAUCGACAGAAAAGCGAGCGAAAAAGACGAAAUCGGUUGUCUGAUGGUUCUGGAAGUGCCGUAGCUGUUAAGCGAGGCGGAUAUCGCACGCGAGAGAAAAAGCGAUAGUGGCUGUCGCGGAAACCACGUCAAUGACCCCUUCCCCCUCCGGCUUCAGUUCAGAACCACGGUCAGCUCUCCGCUCGCGCUGCUCUCAUUGUCAGUAUAUUGUCAGUACCGUUCGGUACUACAUUGAUAGACCGCCGGAGGAGACCAGAAAAAAAAAACAGCAGUCGCGAAUCGCUUUUACGACCCUCCCCGUGUCAUCUUCCAGUAAAACCCGUUAUGGUAAACGAAGAAAACACGUAAGCGGCAACAAUUUAAUUCGGUGGAAGACUACUGGCUGUCGGAGCGGCUUUUUCACUCGUGCUGAGGGGAAGCAAGAACUUGCGGCGAAAUGUUGGACCCGUCGUCCAGCGAGGAGGAGGCGGAUGAGGUCGUGGAAGAAGAGCGCAAAGUGGUGGCGGCGCCCAAGGCUGGCGGCGGCGGCGCUGGCGGUCCUCGGGUGUCUUCGAGCAGGACCAGCGAAAGCUCUGGCGGGUUGCAGCCGAGCCGAAGCGCCAAUGCCCGACCGACGAGCCCGAGCCCCUCGGUGGCGAUCGAAAAGGAAAAGGAUGAUUUGGAAAAGAUGCAAAGGGAGGAAGAAGAGAGAAAGAAGAGGCUUCAGCUUUACGUCUUUGUGAUGCGCUGUAUCGCCUAUCCGUUUAACGCGAAACAGCCGACCGACAUGGCGAGGCGACAGCAAAAGAUCAGCAAGCAGCACCUUCAGACGGUUAAAGAUCGUUUCCAGGCCUUUCUGAACGGAGAUACUCAGAUUGUGGCCGAUGAAGCCUUUAUCAACGCUGUCCAAAGUUACUACGAGGUGUUCCUCAAAAGUGAUCGUGUGUCCCGUAUGGUACAAAGCGGCGGUUGUUCAGCCAAUGACUCUCGUGAGGUCUUCAAGAAGCACAUCGAGAAGCGCGUCCGCAGCCUGCCUGAGAUCGACGGCCUGAGCAAGGAGACUGUCCUCAGCUCGUGGAUAGCCAAGUUUGACACCAUCUACAGGGGAGAAGAAGACCCACGCAAACACCAGCAGCGCAUGACAGCCAGUGCUGCCUCCGAGCUCAUUCUCAGCAAGGAUCAACUGUAUGAGAUGUUCCAACAGAUUCUUGGCAUUAAGAAAUUUGAGCACCAGCUGCUGUAUAAUGCUUGUCAGUUGGAUAAUCCUGAUGAACAGGCUGCCCAGAUCAGAAGAGAGCUGGAUGGACGGCUCCAAAUGGCUGAUCAAUUCACCAAAGCUGGCAGGUUCCCCAAGUUUGUGUCCAGGGACAUGGAGGCCAUGUACAUUGAGGAGCUGAAGUCAUCAGUGAACCUGCUGAUGGCCAAUUUGGAGAGUAUGCCGGUGUCUAAAGGAGGAGAGUUUAAACUGCAAAAGCUCAAGAGAGGCCAUAACACUUCCAUCAUUGACAUGGGCCAAGAGGACGAGAAUCAGCUCUCCAAGUCUGACGUAGUUUUGUCUUUCACUCUGGAGGUGGUGAUUAUGGAGGUACAGGGUCUAAAGUCUUUAGCGCCAAACCGGAUUGUUUACUGCACCAUGGAGGUGGAAGGUGGACAAAAACUUCAGACCGACCAAGCGGAGGCCUCCAAACCAACAUGGGGUACUCAAGGAGACUUCACGACCACUCAUCCACUUCCAGCAGUAAAGGUGAAACUCUUCACUGAGAGCACAGGAGUGCUGGCACUGGAGGACAAAGAGCUGGGACGGGUUGUAUUGCAUCCAACACCCAAUAGUCCCAAACAAUGUGAGCUCCAUAAAAUGACUGUUGCCAAAGGUUGCCCGGAUGACCUGAAGAUCAAAUUGGCUGUCCGUAUGGACAAACCACAGAACAUGAAGCACUGUGGAUACCUGUGGGCCAUUGGGAAAAACCUGUGGAAAAGAUGGAAGAAGAGAUUCUUCGUCUUGGUGCAGGUCAGCCAGUACACCUUUGCCAUGUGUAGCUACAGGGAGAAGAAAGCAGAACCUGUUGAACUUCUCCAGCUGGACGGAUACACUGUGGAUUACACCGACCCUCAGCCAGGUCUGGAUGGUGGUCGGACGUUCUUCAAUGCUGUGAAGGAGGGAGACACUGUGAUCUUCGCCAGCGAUGAUGAGCAAGAUCGAAUCCUGUGGGUUCAAGCGAUGUAUCGUGCCACGGGCCAGUCCCACAAACCCGUCCCCCCGACCCAGGUGCAGAAACUUAACGCCAAAGGAGGGACAGCACCACAGCUUGAUGCUCCCAUCUCUCAGUUCUCCGGACUGAAGGAUGCAGACCGAGCACAGAAACAUGGAAUGGACGAGUUCAUCUCCGCUAACCCCUGCAAUUUUGACCACUCUUCGCUGUUUGAGAUGGUUCAGCGCUUGACACUGGACCACAGGCUCAACGAUUCAUACUCCUGCUUGGGUUGGUUCAGUCCAGGUCAGGUGUUUGUAUUAGAUGAGUACUGCGCCAGGUACGGAGUGCGAGGGUGUCACAGGCACCUGUGUUACCUGAAUGACCUGCUGGAGAGGGCAGAGAAAGGCUCCAUGAUCGACCCCACACUACUGCACUACAGCUACGCCUUCUGCGCCUCUCACGUGCACGGCAACAGGCCUGAUGGAAUCGGUACUGUCACAGUAGAAGAGAAGGAACGGUUCGAGGAGAUCAAAGAACGACUGCGUGUUCUGCUGGAAAACCAGAUCACACACUUCAGGUAUUGCUUUCCAUUUGGACGCCCAGAAGGAGCCUUAAAAGCCACACUGUCACUGCUUGAGAGGGUUUUAAUGAAGGACAUUGUGACACCCGUACCUCAGGACGAGGUGAAGGCAGUGAUCCGUAAAUGUUUGGAGCAGGCAGCUUUAGUGAACUACCAGCGUCUCUCAGAAUAUGCCAAGGUGGAAGGGAAAAAGAGAGAAAUGUAUGAGCAUCCUGUCUUCUGUUUGGCGUCACAAGUGAUGGAUUUAACCAUUCAAAAUGUAGGGCGCUUAGUCACACCUGCCAAAAAGCUUGAGGACACGCUCCGUCUGGCCGAGCUGGUCAUAGAGGUGCUCCAACAGAAUGAGGAACAUCAUGCAGAGGCUACGCGCCCAAGUACGGGAGGUCAGGCGGGUAAAGAGGCAUUUGCUUGGUGGUCAGAUCUGAUGGUUGAACAUGCAGAGACAUUUCUGUCUCUGUAUGCUGUGGACAUGGACGCAGCGUUGGAGGUCCAACCACCAGACAGCUGGGACAGCUUCCCUCUCUUUCAGCUGCUCAAUGACUUCCUGCGCAUUGACUAUAAUUUAUGUAAUGGGAAGUUUCAUAAACACCUGCAAGACCUGUUUGCCCCUCUGGUGGUGAGGUAUGUGGAUCUAAUGGAGUCCUCCAUAGCUCAGUCCAUACACAGAGGAUUUGAACGAGAGUCUUGGGAACCUGUCAAGAGUUUAACAAGUAAUCUGCCCAGUGUCAACCUACCAAAUGUGAAUCUACAAAUGCCUAAAGUACCAAAUCUACCAGUGUCAGUUAAUCUGCCACCAAUGCAAAUGCCUAGCUUUUCCACCCCCAACUGGAUGCCGGGUUUAUCUGAUACUGAUAAUGGAUCAGGGACAUCAGAAGACUUGUUUUGGAAGCUGGAUGCAUUGCAGACCUUCAUCAAAGACCUACACUGGCCAGAAGAAGAGUUUGCCAAGCACUUGGAAAGCCGACUUAAACUCAUGUCCAGUGACAUGAUCGAGUCCUGUGUAAAAAGAACCAGAGCAGCCUUUGAAGUGAAACUGCAGAAAAGUCCACGCACUACAGACUUCCGUGUCCCUCAGUCCAUAUGCACCAUGUUCAACGUCAUGGUGGAUGCCAAGGCCCAGUCGGCCAAACUAUGUGCCAUGGAGCUCAGCCAAGAGUUUGUUAGAGAAUGGAGACAGUACCACUCGCAAAUUGACAAUCUCAUUGAGGAAACGGUGAAAGAAAUGAUUACUUUACUCGUGGCAAAGUUUGUUGUGAUCCUAGAGAGUGUUUUGGCGAAGUUGUCACGUUAUGAUGAAGGCACACUUUUUUCCUCCUUCCUGUCAUUUACAGUAAAAGCUGCUUCAAAAUAUGUGGACGUACCUAAACCUGGGAUGGAUGUUGCCGACAGCUAUGUGACAUUCAUUCGCCACUCUCAGGAUGUCUUGAGGGACAAGGUCAAUGAGGAGAUGUAUAUAGAAAGGUUAUUUGAUCAAUGGUACACCAGCACAAUGAACCUCCUGGGCACCUGGCUGACAGACCGUAUGGACCUGCAGUUACAUGUAUAUCAGCUAAAAAUCCUCAUCAGAAUUGUAAAGAAAAAGUAUCGUGAUUUCCGACUACAAGGUGUGUUGGACUCUACUCUGAACAGCAAGAUGUAUGAGACGGUGAGAAACAGGCUGAUUCUAGAAGAGGCUACUGCAUCUGUAAGAGAGGGAGGGAUGCAAGGCAUAUCCAUGAAGGACAGCGAUGAGGAAGACGACUAGAUCCUGCUGGAGACAAUUAGGUGUGGACAAUUCGGUCAGACGCGUUUAUCGUGGCCUAAAAUGAUGCAUGUACAGCACCGUGCAUCACUCGUACAUGUCUGGAUGUCGUUAACGUCAUGUUCCAUGACAAAUAAGGGACCAACUUCAAAUACAAAUCAAACAAAAAAAAACACAAAUCUCUGUUCAGAUGACAAAAACAAAAAAGCGUAUAUUAGCCGAACGUAAAAUGAGAAUCGACACGGUUUGAUGUUUUUUCGGAGGGGGAGAAAAAAUUAGUGAAACGUCUGAAAUUCAUUCCUAAAUGUUUCUAAGCAAUAUGGAGUACCAUUUGUAGAAGAUGUUGUGUGAGAUGAUAAGGAAUAUUGCUCGUCGUGUCCCCGUUCAAUGCAAAUCCGUAUGGCGCUGCUUCAGUGUAUUGUAAAUACAUUAAUGGUACAUAACUGUGCAUAGACUUCGUUUCUUUUGGAGUGUAGGCCAACUGACAUGAUUGUACUAACUUGUUCAGAUGUUUAUAUAUUCAGCUGAUUUCAACAACAUGUCAAAGAUCCACAAUGUGUUUUACACCCAAAAUGUUUUGAGACACCUUUUUUAACAAGUCAGUUGAGGUGAUAUGUUUGUAGCUGUAUUUUAGAGACGCAAUAUAUUCCCAUUGCUUAUUUGUGAUAUACUUAAACUGACGUCAAUACUUUUUUUAAUUAUGUUUUCAAGCCAUGCAUAAUUUAAAAAAAAUAAUAAUAAUAAUCGAAAAUAUAUUUAUUCUGUAUUUCGGGGGGCGGGACCGCGAGGAGGCGUUUUGUUUGUAUCCUUUUUGUUUCUUUGCAACAAAGCAUUUCCGAUCCUUCUAUUCGGAUAGCCUCGAAACGCUUGCAGGUUUUCAUCACUGCCACUGUUGUUUUGUGUACACAGCGCUUUAUAUUCCCCUCUGUGCGGUAGCUGCAUGUCCCAAUUGUCAGAAAUCUUAUCCGAAAGCUUUUGAUUUUGUGGAAAGUAACCGUUGGAUUCAUCUUGCGUCAGCCUUAUGUACACCCACAGUUGGAAUGCAAGAAUCUGGCCUUACAAAAAUAAAAGAAUUCAAACUCA